UUUUUCCUUUUUCUAUUCUUUCACAAUUUUAUCAAAAUUUAUUUACGACAGAAGGAGAAAAGGUUCAAAAUCUCAUUUUAAUUAUUUUGAUCUUAUCAAUCAACUUACAUUCUCUCUUAAGACAUCGAUUAUAUUAAUCAAGCCAUUGGAUACAUGUAUCUAACAUAGUUGAACAAUGGGCAAGUAUAAUUUUCUUCUUUUCUUAUACGACUAUUUUAUCAUGAAAUCCUUAGUAAGUAGUGCUGAUGAUGCUGAUAGGAAUCUUCACAUUGUAUACAUGGGAUCACUCCCAAAGCAUAAUUAUUCUCCAACAUCUCACCAUCUUAGUAUGCUGCAACAAAUUACUAAUGAUAACGAUGCAACAAAUCACAUGGUUAGAAGUUAUUAUAAGAGCUUUAAUGGUUUUGCUGCAAUGAUCACUAACCAAGAAAGAGAGAAGCUGAAAAAGAUGGAAGGAGUGGUUUCUGUUUUUCCAAGCAAAUCACUCAAACCACAAACUACAAGGUCUUGGGACUUCAUGGGAUUCAAAGAAUCGAUACAGAGAAACAAAACCGCUGAGAGUGAUGUUAUAAUCGGAGUUAUAGACACCGGAAUCUGGCCGGAGUCAGAGAGCUUCAACGAUCAUGGUUUCGGUCCAAUUCCCAAAAAGUGGAAAGGCGCAUGCAAAGGUGGUAAAAACUUCAGAUGCAACAAUAAAAUAAUCGGUGCAAGAUACUAUCUAAAAGAUCAACCUUCCGCAAGAGACAUUAUUGGGCAUGGAACUCACACAGCAUCAGUUGCAGCAGGGAAUAAAGUUGUGGGAGCAAGCUUCAAUGGAAUCGCCGAAGGAGUUGCAAGAGGAGGUGUCCCAUCAGCAAGAAUUGCUGCUUAUAAUGUGUGUAAUGAAGAACAAGGGUGCAGACCUGAUGCCAUAUUGGCUGCUUUUGAUGAUGCCAUUGCCGAUGGUGUGGAUCUUAUCACAAUUUCAAUUGGGCAACCUGCGCAAAUGACCUUUGAUAAAGACACCAUAGCAAUUGGAUCGUUUCAUGCAAUGAAAAAAGGAAUCCUCACUAUAAACUCUACAGGUAACGAUGGUCCUAACAAUGCAACAUCUAGUGUAUCACCUUGGUUGUUCACUGUUGCAGCUACCACUAUGGAUCGUAGAAACAUUGAUAACGUUUUGCUUGGCAAUGGAUUAAUGCCUUCGGGGAAGUCAAUAAAUGGGUCUGCAUCAAAUAGUGCUGAAAUACUGAGUAGUGCAGGCUUCAUAAACAAUAGUGCUCCAAUUGUUGCUGAAUUCUCUUCUGUAGGACCCAAUAUGCAAAUCAGAGAAAUCAUGAAGCCAGAUGUUAGUGCUCCUGGUGUAGAAAUUUUGGCUGCUUACUCACCUCUUGCACCACCUUCUCCUGAUAAAAGAGAUGAAAGAUCUGUGAAAUACAACAUACUCUCUGGAACCUCAAUGGCAUGCCCCCAUGUUGCUGGUGCAGCUGCAUAUGUUAAGACUUUUCAUCCUGAUUGGUCUCCGGCAGCUAUAAAGUCUUCUCUUAUGACCACUGCAAAACCAAUGAAUGGAAGUGAACUCGCAGAAUUCUCCUAUGGAUCAGGGUUUUUGGACCCAGUUAGAGCCAUAAAUCCUGGUCUAGUUUUUGAUGCUUCCAAAAAGGACUAUGUGAAUUUGCUUUGCAGAAUUGGGUAUGAUACAAUGGAAGUUCGAAAAAUCUCAGGAGACAAAAGUGUUUGCCCUUCAUCAUCGUCUCAUCAUCAUCUACCAAUGGCAAAAGAUUUUAAUUAUCCUGCAAUUGCGGCUGAGAUUGAACCAAAUAAACCAUUUAGGAUUAAUUUCACAAGAACAGUUACAAAUGUUGGAUUCGCUAACUCUACCUAUAAGGCUUACAUCCAACAACAUUCUGGCAUCAACAUCACUGUUGUGCCUAACAUACUCGAGUUUAAAUCUCUCAAGGAGAAACAAUCUUUUGUUGUUCAUGUUGUUGGAGGGAAAUUUAGUGACAACAGUGUAGUUUCAUCGUCACUGUUGUGGAGCGAUGGAACACAUAGUGUAAGGAGUCCAAUUGUUUUACGUGUUAUAAAAGGAAAAUGCUACUUGUACAACAAGAUUUAGUCUUUGGUCAGUCUUGUUAUUGUUUCUUUAUUUUACUCUUUCUCUAUAACACGGUUUUCUUCUAUUUUAUUAAUGAUUUUUGGUGUUCAUGUUAGUAACACAAUUUCAUUAAAAAGGGUCUUGUUCCAUGUACAAAAAUAAUAGCCAAUACUAGUCAAGUAAUUGCUAAUUGGUAGUCAGUGAUGAACAAAUUUCUUUCCAACCAAAUUUCCCUUUCCGUUUUUUUUUUCUCACUCUUGCCUUAUGUUCUGCAUUUAACUUUUUUUGUUUAAUUUUAUUUCCCUCUGUCGCCCACUUACCAGUUACUACCAUGUCUUUUCCCCUUGCCUUUUCUGCGUUUUUUAUUUUUAUAAUUCUAUUUCUCUUUAAAAAAGAUAUUCAUGUUCAGAAUGACUAUGUUAGUUUUAAAAAGAGUUGAAUGCUGGCCAACGUACCUACUGAGGAGUUAAUCAUUGUUUAAGAUAAUUUGUGGGAGAGAUGCAAGACUCUGUUUACCCCAGCUGCAGUUAAGGGAUAUCCAUUAUACAUAUAUUGACAACUCACAUUUCUAUUUAUAUUAUCUUAAAAGGUGGAUAUCUUCUUAACAAUACAGGGCUUCUUGGUAUUGUUUGCUUAUGCCACUCUUGCCACAUGUCAGUUCUUAAGUUUUGUGAGCAUGCAGGGUUAUAUGGCAUCAACCCAGGGGAUGCUGUUCAUAUGGAAAAUGGUGAGACCAUUGCACAAUGGACCUAUUAAAGUUUGGGGUAAGGUGAUGUUAUACAAUUUAAUGGUUGAUGAGGCAUUAUGCAGAGUUUUUAUAUGGCCUGCUCUAUCUUUUGCUUAUUAAUGUUGGAUAAGUUUUCGGUUCUCAGUAAAACAGUCCUUUCUUUGCUGGUUUUGAUUUUUCAGUUUUGAAUAUUUUGCACAUAUUCAUGACUGAAAAUGAGUAAAUAAAGUUUUACGUUUUUAUUUCCCCCUUUUUUCGUCGUUCCCCCUUCCUUCCUUUUUGAAUUUCGUUUUACUAUGAUGCAAAAGAACUAAUUGUAUAUCCCUUAUUUACAACAGUCGCUUCAGUAGCCUUCUGAUUUGAUGCAUCUUUUUUACUGCUAUUUCCUUUCACUUUGCAUAUCUCUCUUCUCUCUUUCAUUUUGC